CCAGUAAAAUUGCUCCGGCACAUGUACCCCAAACUGGUUUGGUCUUCACAAACUCUCUUAAAGGUUCUAAUAAACCAGAUAUACGAGCCAAGAGUGCCAUCGUCGUCGAUUCACCACCUGGUAUGAUAAGAGCAUCGCAUGCAGCUAAGUCCGAAGGUGUUUUGACGAGCUUUGACUUUGAUGCUCCGCGAACGCUCCUUGAAGAGCUGAUUGAGAGGGACGUGCAUCCCGUCACGUUGAAUGAAACGAGAGGCAUGGUGAACAAAAGAAAAAGCAGGCAAAGGAAGAGCAAACAAAAGAAAACUCAGACCAAAUUCCCGAUGCCACCCACCAAAAAGCGGAAAUUGAAUACCGAAAUUCAAUCUAAAUCUCCUCUAUCCGAAUCAGAUGAUGACAGACAAAUGUCUGAUAUAGAGGAAUCAAGAGAAGAGGAGGAGUGGCUAUCGGAAUCCGAGGA